AGCCUCCUCCGACUCUCUCUCUCUCUGCAGGCCAAGUUCAAGUCCACAGAUCUGUGGGGGCGAAAGUGGUGGUGAGAAGAAUCUCGAGAAAAUGGCGGAACAAAAGGAUCAGUCGACCUCGAUUCCGCUGAGUCAAGCUGAAAAUGGCGAACAAGAUCCGGAGGAUCCAGCCAAAUCCCCGCCUAGCUCGCCUAACAUGUCCACUCGUAAGGCUUGCUGUUUUGUUCUCCAAAGUUGGGUGUCCAAGAAGUUUAUGACUGGAUGCGUAGUUCUGUUCCCUGUUGCAGUUACAUUUUUCAUCACCUGGUGGUUUAUUGAGUUUGUCGAUGGUUUCUUCAGUCCACUAUAUGAGCAACUUGGCUUUGACAUUUUUGGGCUUGGGUUUGUCACAUCUCUUCUCUUCGUAUUCCUUGUUGGUGUUUUUGUUUCAUCAUGGAUGGGUGCUGCUGUUUUCUCACUUGGAGAAUGGUUCAUAAAGAGAAUGCCCUUCGUUAAGCAUAUAUAUUCCGCAUCCAAACAAAUAAGUGCUGCGAUUUCUCCAGACCAAAAUACCACGGCUUUCAAAGAAGUUGCAAUUAUUCGUCACCCAAGAGUUGGUGAAUAUGCUUUUGGUUUUAUUACAUCCACUGUCACCCUGCAGAAGGAUAAUGAAGAUGAAGAGUUAUGUAGUGUUUUUAUUCCAACGAAUCAUCUAUACAUCGGUGAUAUAGUCCUGAUCAACUCCAAGGAGAUCAUAAGACCAAAUCUAUCAAUCCGAGAGGGCAUAGAGAUCAUUGUUUCCGGGGGUAUGACAAUGCCGCAAGUUAUUUCUCCUUUAGAGAGGGUUUCUCGACAGAAUCAAAUAAUUCCUUUGAGCAGAAUGAUGUAACGGCACAAAAAUUUGAAGCAUUUCAGGUAUUUUUAGAGAGUUAUAUACAAAUCUGUUACCAUCAAAUUGUUCUCUGUUGAGCGGAGUGAUUGAAAAUUAAAAAUUAGGUUGAUUGUUCAUAGCCUAGGCUCUAAGAUCUAUUUGUACUACUAUCUAUCUAUUCAAUUUUCUCUCUUUAUUUUUCAGUGUUUUAACUAAUAUUUUGUUAGGAUUCUGGGAAUAAGU